AUGGGAAAAACAGGGGACAACACUGUGCAACUCAACUCACCGUCAGAGCUCAAGCAGGCUGUUCCAUUCGAGGAGAUGAACCACAGCCUGACUUCUGGUCUGGAUGAGAACAAGCAGACCCUUCCCAAUCGAGGCACCUGGAAGGGCAAGUUUGACUUCCUGCUGUCCUGCAUAGGGUAUGCCAUUGGCCUGGGAAAUGUCUGGAGAUUCCCAUAUCUCUGUGGGAAAAAUGGAGGAGGAGCAUUUCUUAUUCCAUACUUCACUACACUGGUGUUUGCUGGGAUUCCUCUAUUUUUGCUGGAGACUGCACUUGGACAGUACACAUCAGUGGGAGGACUAGGGGUCUGGAAACUCAUACCCAUGAUGAAAGGCGUAGGUCUGGCGGCUGCAGUUUUGUCCUUUUGGCUCAACAUCUACUAUAUUGUCAUUAUUGCCUGGGCCCUCUACUACCUGUUCAACUCCUUCAGAUCAGAAUUGCCUUGGCAGACUUGUGAUAACCCCUGGAACACUGAUCAAUGUUUCUCCAACUACAGCCUGACUAACACCACCAACCUGACCAGUGCCGUAACUGAAUUUUGGGAGAGGAACAUGCACCAACUGAGCAGUGGCCUGGAGGAGCCGGGUGAGUUGCGCUGGCCGCUGGCUGGGACUCUCGCUCUGGCCUGGGUACUCGUUUACUUCUCUAUCUGGAAAGGGGUGGAAUGGACUGGAAAGGUGGUUUAUUUCUCUGCCACUUACCCGUACUUCAUGCUCUUCAUCCUGUUUUUCCGAGGCAUCACUCUCCCAGGGGCUAAAGAUGGCAUUCGCUUCUACAUCACCCCUGACUUUAACAAGCUCCAGAAAUCUGAGGUGUGGCUGGAUGCUGCCACUCAGAUCUUCUUCUCUUAUGGUCUGGGUUUAGGUUCUCUGAUUGCUUUGGGCAGCUACAAUACCUUCAAUAACAAUGUCUACAGAGAUGCCAUCAUUGUGUGCUGCAUAAACUCCUUCACCAGCAUGUUUGCUGGCUUUGUCAUCUUCUCCAUUGUAGGAUUCAUGGCCUACAUCACCAAAAAACCAAUCCAGGAAUUGGCUGCCUCAGGUCCAGGUUUGGCAUUCCUGGCAUAUCCUCAGGCUGUGACUCAGCUUCCCAUGUCCUCUCUGUGGGCCAUUCUCUUCUUCUCCAUGCUUUUGAUGCUUGGACUAGACAGUCAGUUUUGUACUGUGGAAGGUUUCAUAACAGCUUUGGUUGAUGAAUAUCCCACCAUCCUAAUGACAAGGAAGAAAUUAUUCAUCCUUAUGGUCUGCAUUAUAUCAUUCAUCAUUGGCUUGUCCAACAUCACACAGGGUGGCCUGUAUGUGUUCAAGCUGUUUGACUACUACUCAGCCAGUGGGAUGUGCGUCCUCUUCCUCAUCUUCUUUGAGACAGUCGCCAUAGCCUGGCUUUAUGGAGCAGAGAGGUUCUAUGGAAAUAUUGAGGAGAUGAUUGGCUAUCGUCCAUGUGGCUGGUGGAAACUCUGUUGGCUCUACUUCACCCCAUCAAUCUGUUUGGGGGUUUUCACCUUCAGUGCAAUAGAGAUGACCCCUCUGACAAUGGGCAAGUAUGUGUUCCCAGGCUGGGGACAGGGCAUCGGCUGGCUCAUGUCUCUCUCCUCUAUGCUGCUCAUUCCUGGAUAUAUAAUUUACAUGUUCUUCAAGAUCAAGGGAAGCAUUUAUCAGCGCUGGCACAAAAUGACAAAGCCCAGUGAAGAAGCCAAAGAGGACAACCAUUUAGAUCGGCAACACUACCAAGCAGGAACAAUGGGUGAAGCUUCUGUCUGA